CUUUAUGCUGGUAACUUCGUCCCGAAGACAAAAUUUCAGAAACAAACAAAAAAUUAUUACCCGGCCAGAAAAUCCAAGAAUAUCUGCGCCAUCUAGUAGAACUUUUUGUAUAAAAGUAGUUCUGCUCAAAGAAGUUUUGUUCCCAAAUCAUUUUAUCAAAGUAGUCAGUGAAUCCGGCACUUAUAGGUGCUGGAAAAGCAUCUACAUGAUUUACCCACGCUCCCUACAUCAUGUCUCAACUUUCAAACAGUAAAGGAAAAGAUGCUGGAAGAAAGUAUGCCUCAUUAAAUUUAAACCAAACAUUUAAAGGAACAAAAGCAGAAAACAAACCUACCACUGGACAGAAUACUCGUCAUGGGUUACAAAGUUUGGGAAAAGUUUCAAAUAGACGAGCUCCAGUUCCAGCAAAUCUUCCUUCUUUAAAAAGUGAAAAUUCAGGCAACGAUCCACGUAUUAACUUAGUACCUACAGGUGCUCCAGGAUGGGGAAAGAAAGAGAAUCCAAUUCAAAAUGGAAAGCAGAGAGAAACCCAACCUACGGGUGUUUUACCUGGCCAGAUCAAAACAAAACCAGGGGAUACACCAGAGGUUUCAUUGAGACCAAAUGCAGGUGCGGUACCAGCUUCAAAACCACAACCAGGAAUAGUGGAAGGGCAAGAUGGCAGCAAGGUAACUUGGAAGAGCAAAGUUCAACCAGAACAACCGGCUACAGGGACAUCCCCAUAUUUUCAAAAAGAAUUUCCAAGAUUAGGUCUGGAUGGAAAUUUAGCAGAGGAUGGGAGGGAAAGAGGCCGCACAGAAGAAGGAGGGCCAGAUGCAAAUCAUCCGGGAAUGGGCCACCCGCCUCGCGCAAAUCAAAUGCCACCUAACUUUCAGAAUUAUGGGGGUGGAGAUCGACCUAUGUUUAACAAUACUCAGCAGCCUUAUCCAUACCCAUAUCCACCUAUGUAUCAUUCACAAGGAGGUCGCAUGGCAAUGCCGCCAUACCCAUAUCCUUAUCCUUAUGGUGGGCCAGGUGGUAAAAUGCCACAGUUUGAUCCAAGAUUUUUUCAAAGAAUGCCAAAACAUCAGUUUAUGAACAAUUCUAAUUCUUCAACCGAUCGCCCUUCAGUGAUAAAGGACUCUGAUUUAAAAUCAUUGGAUGCUGACAAAGAUGAUGCUGGCUGGGCAGGUUCACAAGAAGAAGUUGAUUACAACGCAAAGUUGAAAUUUGAUGAGUCAGAUUCUGAUGAAGACAGCACUACUCCUCGCAGCUCUAAAAAACAACCUGAUCGAGAUCAAACAGACAGUGAAAGUAAACAGGAUGACAAGGGUAAGAAUCAGGGAAAACAGCAGUGGGAAUUUCCUGGUUAUCCUCCAAUGCAGAUGCCAUAUGGUCAGAAUUGGCCAAGGUUUCCACCGUACGAUCCACAACGUGGACCACCACCAUAUGGUUACCCCGUGCAUCCUAUGUUUUUUAUGUCUGGUGGAUUUCCUCCAAACAUGGCACAGAUGGGUGGUGAAAAGACAGAGGACACUCACAAGCAGGGAGAGAAGAACGACGAUGGAAAAGAUACGCACUCCCAUGGUACAGAACAUCUUGAUAAAAGGGAAGCAAAGUUAAAGGAAAUAGAGGAAAGAAUGAGAAAGCGUACAGAGGAAGAAAGAAAGAAGGAAGAGGAAAAAUCUAAAAAACAACGAUGGGAGAAUCACGAUUCUUACUCAAACCGUCCAAGGAAAGAGGGCGAGGUAUUAGGAUCAUCUAGGAGAGAGGUUCCACCUAGAUUCAGACAGCAUGGGGAUAAACACGACAGGGCUCACGAAAAUAAGCAAGGCGCUCUCGACAGCUCUCAUAUGAGAAUUAUGCAGAGAAAGGAUAGUGUAAAGUCGGAUGAAGAGGGUCUUCGUGAAGAUGUGUUUGAGAAAGAGGAUAAAACAAAAGAUGCAUCGUCAACUAGUAGCCGGAAAGACAACGAGAAAAGUAGUCGUCAACGAAGGCUCAGUUCUUCCUCAGAAACCCGUGAGAAAGAAAAAAGCUCUCGCCACAGUAGCAGUUCAUCUAUUAAAGACGCUCAUAAAAAAGACUCUGUAGAGAAGCUGCAUGGUAAAAAGGAGUUGAAAGAUCUUUCUGAAUCUAGAAAACGGGAUAACGACAACGACAAACAUUUGAAAAAUAGGGACAGGAGGAAACCAGAUCCAUUUGACGACAAGUACGAUGACAAUGACGGCAAAAGUAAAUCAAAUGAAGCCCUGACGAUAAACUCUCAACGCUUUGCAGAAAACAAACUAACAAAGGGGCAGUCCAAACACGCAAAAGUUACCCCAGAGUCUGAAAAGAAAUCCGCUGCACAAAACAAGGAGAAAUUUGAGCUUAAAAAAGCCUCAGCGUGGUCAAAAGUUGUGAGUGGAGGCGAAGUGUCGGCAAAAGAGAACGUAGAACAGGGUAAGAGUUUACGUGAAAUACAAAAAGAAGAGGAAGAAGAAAAUAAAAAGUCGAAGAUAGAAGUGAAGUCAGUGGAAGCUGUCGAUUCUCCAAACCUUUCUCGAGGAGAACAACAUUCACCGGACGAAAAUAAAUUUCGUAGUGACAACGACAAAUAUGUUGAAAGAAGAAACCGUAAUGAUGACCGUCAACGCCGUGACGAUAAGUACGACAACAAAAGCCGACCUGAAAGAAGGGGACGGUUUGAUGAAGCUAACAGACGUGGUGGCAGAAUCGACCGUGGCGAUCAUGAUUAUAAAAGAGACAACCGGUACAACAGGGAAGAUGGUAGGAGGGACAGGUAUGAUGACAAAGAAGGUUCGAGAAAAUACUCGAACAGGAGAGAAGACAGAAAAGAGGAUAGACGAGACGGACACUACAAGGAUUAUAAGAGUGAUGCUCAUAAGAAAGAUGAUGGUUACCAUAAAAGAAGUGAGAGGAAGGAAUAUAAGGCUGAUUGGAAUAAAAAGGACGAAGAUUACCACAAAAAAACCGAGACGAAGGAAUAUGUUAAAGAAGAAGAAAAAUUUACUGAAAGUAGGACAGAAAAGAAGGAUGACAAAGACUAUAAAAGGGACAGCAAGAAAGACGAAAAAAAAGAUGAAUUUAAAAAAGAGGAGAGUAAAGAUGACAGGAAAGAACGAAAAAAUGACUGGAAAGAUAACAAGAAGGACGACUCACGGAGAUACGACAAGAAAGAUCGCCAUCGUAGUGAUUAUGAUAAAAGAGAUCAAGGAAGGGAACCUCAGAGAGACGGAGAGCGUAAAAGAGAUGACCGGAAAGCUCAUUAUGCUGAAGAUAAGCGGAGAGAGGAUCAAAGGAGUGAAAGGCGAGAUAACCGCCCGGAACGUAAUGCCAGCAGAAAACAUUUAGAUCGUAAAGGCUACAAUGAAGAAAAGCAGUAUGGCUCAUCGAGGAAAGGAAAAGAAUGGGAUAAUCGAGAUUAUAGACAAUCUGAAGAGUAUAAGAGAGAAAACAGAGAAAAGAAAGAGAAAAGAUUAAGUGAAACGAAAGAAGAACUGGCUAUUUCAAAAGCAGAACAAACAAGUACAAAACCACAAGCGGUAUCUAAAGAAGAACAAACAGCUACCAAAGAAGAGCAACUGAAUACAAAAGUAAAGCAAAUGUCCUUAAAAGAAGAGACAGGGACAACAGGAAAGUCGUUAGAUGAAACAGUAAGAAAGUUAGAAAAGGUUCAGGUUGUUGAUUCAAAAAUUGACGCCGAAAAAGAAGAAGAAGGUAAGGCAGCCGUUGAGACGGCCUCCGAAGAGAAAAAAGAAAAGAAAACUGAUGGAUUCGGUGCACCAGAUAAAAUCAAAGAAACUCGUAGUCGUUCUGACAGAAACGAUAGGUACGACGAUACAAGAAGUUACCGUGGCGAUAGAUAUGACGAUUCAAGAAGUUACCGUGGCAGUGGUGCGCGAGAGAGGGGUCGAGGGCGAGGGCGCGGAUUUUCAAACCGUGGUUCCGUUGGCUCAUCACGUUCACAAGGGCUAUCAAGCAGCAGUAGGAGGGACAAAAAUAAGUAUCGUGAUAAUUAUCGAAAUUCAAAAGAUGAUUAUUAUGAGGAUGUGUCGUCUGGUGAUCUAACUGAUGAAGAAACGCCUGGACAAGACAAAGAAAGAACAAAGUCGCCUGUCUACUGCAAAAGCAAAAAACGGGAAUCUAAGAGGACGUGGGAUGAGGAUACGCCUCCACGCUUCCAAAACAGGUAUGACGGCCGAGAUCGCGGUAGCUCCAGGGGGCGAGGGGUGAACUUUAGAGGAAGGGGACGUGGUGCUGAACGCGGUAGAGGAAGGGGACGUGGAAGGGGAAGCUCCUCUAGUUUUGGCAGCAGAAACAUUGGUACAGGUGAUAAACCACAUGACGAGGAUAAAGCUGGCGAUGAUUCGGAGGACUACUACUCCGCAGAAGAAUCACCCGGACAUAAAGAAUCUAAGUAUGAUAAAGAUAAAUAUUCGUCCGAGAGGAGGCCGCGCUCGCACCAUUCUUAUCGACCUGACUCAAAAUCAAGAGGAAACUCCGCUACUGCUGGUAGAAACAAACCUAAUUCUUUUUUAUCCAAAAGGCAGCAGAUAGGGAAUAAUCGAACCUCCGACGGACACAAAACCCCUACUGCUGCCGAUAAAUAUCCCCAUGCUAGCGAGGUUCACACACAAAUCAAAGGAGAUAUUCACACACAGCUCAAAGGAGAUAUGGCUUCAAAAAAUCCAUUAAAUUUGGAAGAUAUAUCGGCGCAUUCGCCUCCGAAAAAGAGUAAACCACUGGCGGAGAAGCGCGAAGAGAAAAAACGAGAUAUUGCUUUGGAAUUUGAUUUAAAUAAUAUUAGAAGUGUGGUUUGUAUAGAUGAUUUUGAAACUACGGAAGAUCAUUCAAAGACGACCUGGGAGGACGAUGGUUUUGUCACUGUGACGUCAAAAAAGCAACAGAAAGAGCUGCGCGAAGCAGAGAAGAAGAAGCGCGAAGAGGAGAAAAAGAAGUUAUAUUAUGAACAAAAACGUGAAGCCCAGAAGGCUGUACGGAAUAACUCUCAUAAAAAUUCAGCUGCUUCCAAUGUGAGAACGAAAGCUGUGGUAUCGUCCGACCCUCCUGUUUCAAUUGUUUCUCCUGAACAAACCAUUGUUUCAACCGCGCCUGUUCACAGUCAAGUUUCUGCACCUGCACCCGCUAGCAAUGCAGCUAUGGCAGCCAUUGGCGUUUGGGAACCCGCCCAGUCUUUAAUGAAGUCUCAUAGUUCGACUAGUACUUCUGCGGAUGGGAAAACUAUACCUGCGCCGGUUUCCAAUGUGAAUGCUUGGCAGAGGCCAUUAACAUUAAACGCUUCAUCUGGUGGAAUGCCUGAUCCACGUGCAGUUGGCACCGGGAAACCAAGUUCAUCACAUUCUGGCAUGAUCAGUAAGGCUGCAUUAGUUCCCACUCAACCAACACCGGAAGCUGCUUCACCGCUUGUCACACCACCAGCCCUUACGCCUAUCAAUAGAACGUCUAUAAGCGAACUUGAGGUAUCGGUAAUAAAAAAUGAUCAAUCAAAAGAAGAAACCCAUUCAGACAGUAUAAAAAAAGCUGAUAAAGCUACCAAUGACAAAGACGGCGAAAAAACGAAACGACGUGACAGAAAUGACGGAAGACGGGACGCCAAACUUAUAAACAAGCGAAUUUUGAGAGAGAGGCCACCUCGAUUUCAAACCAGCCAAAGGAAAGAGAGCAACGAAGAUCGCAGUAAAAACUAUGAAGAUUCUAGAAAACAAACCCCGUCGAUUCGACAAUCAAGUUACGAAAACAAGUCCAGAAAACGAUCUGCAGAUAGACAACGAAAAGCUGAGUCGUCCACUAAAGUCAUUCAGGAGACUAAAACAGGCAAUACAAGAGCUAGUGAGGGAUCCUUACACGAAGAAACCGAUAAUGUCUUUACAACUGAGGUAGCUAAAACAUCCGAUGUAGACGAAUAUCGAUGUAAACUAUCCGACGCUGAUAAAGUUGUUGGUUCGAACAAACCUUCAUUGAAGUCGCAGUCAUCAGUUGGCAGUUAUACAUCCAGCGACCAUCCAAUAGAAGAGGUAUUAGUUGAAGUGAAUUUGACUGAUUCGUAUCAAGCACCUACACUUGAAAAUGAGUUGUUCUCGGGAGCUGAAGAUAAACAUUCUGUUGCCAAAUCAACCAAUGAUGAAGAGCGAUCACUGGAAACCAGAUCUUUGCCAGGGAGUCCUCCACCUUUAGCCGUUAAAAUUCCUGAACCAACACUGUCAGGACCCUCGAGUGAUCCAGGGCGUGGUCCGUCUCCUAGUCUAACGAAAUCCCCGCCCAACAUGUCUCAAGAGAUGACAGACUUAAAUUUGAGAUUGUUUAACGCUCGUACAGUUUGGGAUAAUCCUUCAAUGAACUGGAGUGAAUCAUCUGCUUCCAGCGCCGUUACUGCCCAUGUAUCCUCUUUAACCUCUGUCGCCAACAUUUCAGAUCAAUCUAUGGAUAAGAACCCCAUGCCGGGUAGUCCAACUAAACGGGAAUCGAGUACUGCUCCCUCUGUUGAUGUUUCCAAGAAAUCCGAAGAAAAGUCUUCGUCGGUACCUUCUUUUGGUAAGCGAUCUGAGCAACAGAUUUGUAAAGUGAAGCCGCAACAACAGCUGCCUUCUGAUGACACGAAGGGAUUUCAAGUUUCUUCACAUCAGACUUUGACCUCGUCGAGAAAUAAUAUUGCACCAACUACGAAAUAUGCGUCGUAUAUAUUGCCAGUGGAGCGCCAGUUGCAACAAAACACGCUGUAUGCAACUGAUUACAACGAGCAGUUAAGAUCACAAGCUGGUCAAGCAUUGAAUUUUCAAUCGUUGAACCAAGUGCGUUCAGUAGACGCAAGUGUGAGCCCAAUGUCACAGCAAUUGUUGUCUUCUUUUCCAGCUGCUGGAAGUAUAUACAAUACUGCACUUCAAGGCUCACAAAACCAGAUGUUAGCGUGGCAGGUAGUUUCAACACCAAGCGUACAACCAAAGACUAUAGCAGCUUAUCCGACAGGAAGUCCAGGCUCUUUGUUCACCUCGCCUGGAUCAAUCAGUAAUUCGCAAUAUAUUUUGCCAUAUGGAACUAAUUUCCAAGCACAACGAACGGCGUCAAGCUUGCAACGGCAACAAGUUGGAAUGGUGCAAGUCCAGCAACCACAACACCAGUCUUCUCAACAGGCUCGAGUUGUAGGUAUGAUGUCUGCUAAUAAUGCUUCCCAAUUGCAUCACACUCAACAAUACGGACUGCGCUCCACAAGUGAUCCGCACUUAAACAACACCAGUCAUAUCACGCUGAUGUUAGACCCAACUUCUGUCAUUUCACAGUCACAGCAACUUUCAAGUCAACAACGAUCCGACUUAAUGAAACACGUGCACGCUAAGCCGUUCGAACCCACAUCGCAGACUCCGCCGUUAAUACAAAGCCCACCUAUCGCUCAGCAGCAACUCCAACCUCAUCGACAGCAACAACAAAUUAUUACAACAGUGUUUGGUCAGAGCAACACUGCAAGGUCAAACUACGUGCAAAACAUGAGGUAUUCACAACCGCUACUGCACCAACGCCAACAUAAUGUUCAGCCUAUUCAACAACCUUCACCGUUAGUUGCGCCCAUUCGACCAAGAACAGUGCAGGGCCAUGCACCAGCAACUGAUAAUUCUUCGAUUGGUCUGGGGCAUCAAGACCCAGUAAUAAAUACCUUUGACCAAGGCUCUUUGGGAAUUUUUGCAAAUUCGAUGGCCUUAAAAAAUCGUCCUAUACUACAUAACAAUGGAAUGCAAAUGCAGAUCAACCCGCGAGUGAUGAACAACCAAUACAAUCAUGUUAUUAAUCCGGCGCAACUGCGUAACGGACCUCGUGUACAAAACUCAGUGCAGAAUAGAACGAACGGUCCUGGACCAAUUCAAAGACCCGUGCAGGGUCAUAACCAGCCUCUAUUGAUGCAUCCUGUUGCUAAGCAACAUAUCACGUCAACAUCUGCUGCUGAUGACGAUUUCAAAAAGAUUCAGCGCCAAAAAAUGCUGCAGGACACGAAGCGAUAUUUUGCACAAGAACAGAACCCGGAGAAGACUGUAGAGAAAUCAGUGAAGGAGGAGAAGCCUGUGUCCUCGAGCACUGACUCAAGUUUGGCGAAACACGAUAAGUAUAUAUUACCUGACCAGCACAACGAUAGUAAGAAAAGCGACUACAACAGGAAGGGCUCAAGAAGCAGUAAUACAGACCAGUAUAAAGGUCGCAACCGAAAAAGUGUUACCAGCGUAAAAAAUGGUGCAUCAUCUGGCACCAAAAAAGCUGAUGGAACCACCCCUUCACAACAAAGCAAACGGCCUUCCGAAAAAAUUUAACGUCCCGAUUAUAUCGGUUUAAUUUGAAAUCCAUAUUGAUGGGAUUUCACUUUUUUUUGUCAAGAUUACAAUAAGCUUUUAAAAAAAAUAUGGUGAAAUGUUUGGACGAGAAGCGCAUCUGUUCACAAAGUAUGUGUGACCGAGCACUCGUUUUGAACAGUUGUCUUAUAAGAAGAAGAAAUUUCUUUAUUUUAUUGUGUUUAUAAGCGUAAAAAAUCUUAGAUGCUGCUUUGAUGUUUAAUUUAAAAAAAAUCGUGCAAUUGUGAACUUUUUUUAGUGUUUUGACAGUCAAGUGUUACUGUUGAAGCAUCACAUUACAUUACACAAGGAAUAUUUAUUUUAUUAAACUUGCUCACACACUAACUCUAAAGUUCGUGGUCUGUUGCAUGGUAUUAUGUAUUGUAUGUGACCAUGCAUUGGUUCUUAGAACAGUUUUUAUUGUGGAUAUUCAAGCAGCAUUUUGUGUACUUAAUAUUAUUGUAGAAAAUUAUCCCCCUGGAAGGAGUGGUGUAUGUACUUCUUGCAACCACUCAUUGUUGUAAAGGUUGAUAAAAUUUUAAAAAUACAAAGUUACAAUAA